AUGAGUUCCGUUUACAUGAAAGACGGAAACGUGGCUACGAACAAUCUUGGGAUGCGCAAGAGCUGCUGUGCAUGUGGGCGAAAGAAAAGAAAGUGCGAUGGCCUGAUGCCUUGCAGCCGGUGCCUAGGAGCUGGGGUUCGAUGCACGUACAGAAAGCGGAAGCCGCAUCAGCCUCAGCCUGGGCGCCAGCACCAGCGCCGUCCACGUGGUCCCGCUGGAAUGCAGACGGCGGAUUUGCUGCGCCUCUCGGCAUCCGGCACACUCCUGGCCUGCCGUAUGCUGCCUUUGAAGAGGUUGAAGUUGAGUGCUUCUCCGGCGACCGGGCUUGUGGGUAUGCAGGAGAACACAUUUCUGAGUGACUUCUUCGGCUGCGUUGGCUUCAUGCCGUUCACCACUCGAAGGGCGUGGGCGAUCCUGGGGUACUUCUACGGUUUCAUGGGAGACACGGCGACGUUUGAAGAGUACCUCAAGCUUUCGGACUCCUUUUUGAUUGCUUCCAUAGAACAAGGGUCAACUGGCACGCUGCCAUCGGGAUUCCCGGAGAUAGUUCACUACAAGGAGUCCGUUAAGGUGUACUGCGGAAAUGUAGACGCUGUGGAUAUCGACUUUUUCGCUCGACGUCAAGACCGUCCACAGAUCAACCCAGCUGCAAACGAAGAGGACGUGUUUCGGUUUGUUGCCCAGUCACUUGAGGCGUUCGUGCAACUUGUCGUCGCGGAAGCUUGCGAGAAGAGAGCGAUUCGCAGUUGCUCGAGCGAUGAUGGGCCCUACGAAGAGGAUAUAGGCAGUGCAAGCCCGCACAGCAACGCCCCCCGGGCGGAGGAGAUGUCAGAUGCCAUGGUGACUGGGUUCAAAGUUGGCCUGCUCGACUUCGAAAACCUACAAGAAGCAGUGGAUCGACCAAACGUUCGGACGGGCAUGGGCGGCUUCCUCAUUAACAUGAACCUGGUAUUUCACAGGGCAGCGAACGGGGACGCUGUUGGGAUGGUGGAGAAGUUAGGGCAUUGCGUCGAGGUCCUUGAGCGCUACCCUGGCGUUUGUCGCUGCAUGUUACAAUGGUGCCACCUUGUGCAUGCUGCCCUGGCAGCCCUAGCAGUGAUGGACGAUUCCAGAGCUCGAGGUCUGUACAACCGACUGCGGGAGGCCUACAAUCCGUUUCGACCCCCUGCGUCUCUGCCAGCACCGCCUUUGGAGGAGUGGCAAGGGCUAGCUGCAUUCUGCGACCAUUUCCAGUGCAGGUUGGUUGCGGGCGUCAUCGCGAGUGAAAGAUUGAGCGCUUUCACUACCCCGCCCGACUGUUCUAGAAACGAUGCCAGUUUCCAACAGGCUCACUUAAAGAAAGAGGGUGUGCCGGUUGUCGAUGAGGAACAUCAUAGCGAUAUCGUGUGGGCGGGUGUCACUCCCGAGGAAGCUACCAGCUCGAACAUGGAUGCCCUUUGCAGUAGCGGAGACAAAUCAAUGUCAUCUACUAGCUCGUGGGAGUGGAACCAUGAACGUGCGCUACAAGCGAGCCCAACAGCUCGAUUGGGCCCGUCUUCUUCACAUGUCCACCGCCGUGAAUCAAGCAAGCGAGGAAUUCAUGGUACUGACCUCUUCAGCAAUGAGGUGGAGAGGUGUGGUGAGGACGUCGUUUCUGGGGUGGUGGCCCAGUUUCCGGAUGUUGGCUUGACAUCGCCGGAGUUGAGAGAGGUGGACGGGACCACACAGGAGGCCGUGGAUGAUGCAAUUGCCGUGGCAGACUGGCUGGAUACUACUCAUGCUAUGUUGGACGAAAUUAGCUAUAAGAGUCCGGGCAUUUGA